UACCUACACAUAAAACAAAUGAGUACAUACUUACCGAUGUUUUUUUUUAGCCAAAAAAAAAGUAAAAUUAGAAUUUUUGAAUACGACGAAACGCGGAAAUCAAUACAGGCGCGCGCAUUUCUCAUUGGACGUUGAAUUUGACAAUUAGCUUACGUCACUUGCAUGUCCGGUAACCCGUUGUCGAGGCGGUCGAUCGAAUAAACAAAAAAAGUCAUACGUAAACAACUGUAAACAAAACGAAAUUCACCAUUGAUUCAUUCAGGAAAAUGUCUAAAGUGACCAAUGUGAAUUCUAGUUUAGCAUACGAGAUAUUAUUAUAUCUAAACAGUUUUUAUCUUGGGAUGUUUUUUGUGUGUGAAGUGGCAAUGGGAAUAUUAAAAGCUAUCAAUGUUUCUUAUCCGGAAAAUGCUUUGAUAACAGAAGCCGGUAUAUUCAGUGCUUUGUGUCUCGUUGAAGUUAUACGUAUAUUCUUGGGACGAAGAGGAAAUUUAGCUAGUAAGAAAGUGCCAGUAUUUUUCUCCGUAGUGCUGACAAUACCUUCAGCUGUUGGUGUGUGCUACUUUCUGAUCUACCAAACAUACAUUCUACGUUUAGAGUAUAUUUGGUGUGCCGUAAUGUUGAUGUUCCAUGCCCUAGAACUCGCUUUUGCCAUCUUAUUCAUUGUUACAGUGUGCAAACAUCAACAAUACGAAUAGAAUUUAAGUUCGACCAUGCCAAAAAGAUUUUGAUGCCAAAAUGUUAUGGACUGAAUUAAAAUGUACCUAGUCUAUGGCUUAAAAAUAGUUUUUAAGUUUAUUAUACCAAAAUAUUUACUAUAAGUGUGUUUGUGCCUCCCUUUUGAAAAGCUUCCUAAUUUUAUUGAACUUAGGCUUUUGUAAAAAGCUAUAAAAAAUUGUAAGUAAGACAUCCUUUAGAAAUAAGUGUUAAGAAUGUUUUGUCUAAUUGUUUUACUAGUAAUUAUUAAAUAUGGGAUUAGUAUGAUCUUAUAUAAGACUACUCCAUUAUUUUAUUGUGAAACUUGCCAUUUACUUUUACUUGUACUAUGCUGAAACAUAGAUCUAUGCAAGACACAAAGUAUUUUUUAUUGUCUUAUACCACUAAGACAUUAUGUCUCUGCCGGUGCAGACAAGAUGUUAACUGGGACUUAUGAAGAAUCUGGUACAAAAUUAAAUAAUUUACAUACAUAUACUAAUUCUGAGAAUAACAUGGUAAUGUUACAUUGUUACAUAAUGUUCUUAUGAAUUUUAAAAUAUUUAUUUUAUUAGAUAAAUUAGUAAUCCUGUAUAGAGUAGUUAGAGUAAAACGAGGUGAAUAGAAUUCGAGGAGUGAUUGGAGUGAAUAAAUGUUGGGAAAAUGUUCUAACAUUUAUUCACCCCAUUCCUGUGUCUAUUCACCCUUUGAAUUCUAUUCAUCCCGUUUUACCAUAUACAAUUAAUAUUGUGCCUACUUCAAAUAAAUAAUUGUGUAGUAAGGCCUUAAUAUAAAGGUCUAAUAGCAUUUUUAAACUAGAUUAAUUACAUAGUGACAACCCCUGUAACAACUGUUAUACCCCAUUUUGAACCAAUUUCAUCUAGAUAAGCAAUUAUUCAAUUAGGUAUUAUUUCCAUACAUAAAAUUAAUAUAUUAUCUUGAACAAAAGCUCAAUUUUGUAGUUCUGACUAUGUUUAAAAAAAAAAUAAAAGAAUAUAUAC